CUGAUGACCAUGUAGAUCGGUUGGUAAAGCAGUAAGUCACGUAGGUUAUUUGGGACAUGGGUCGGUUGGAGAUUUGGCUAGCGAAAUAUAUUCAAGAUGGCAUACCUCCGAACUGGUGCAGAAUUUAUAUCAUCGUAUCGUUCCAGUCUUAAUCGGAUGAGUGAACUUCAAAAAAAGAUAAAAAUGUUCGGAUUCAACAAUGCUUAUUAUAAUCAGGUUGGACUUUUGAAACAUGAUUGGCUACCUCAUAGUCCUGUUUGGCGCGAGGCUCUCCGUCGACUUCCGCGCGAACUACAGGAAGCUAGGGACUUCCGAAUUUCACGGGCGACUCAUCUCUACGCUUCGAAAAAUAUUUUGCCGAAGGAAGAGUGGAUAACCAUUGAAGAUGAUAUCCCAUACUUGGAUCCGUACGUCGAAAUUGUCGUGAAAGAACUGAAUGACCGAUCAAACUGGGAUAAUUUUGUCAACCCCGAAAUAUAUAGUGAAUAAAUGUAAAUGUUUACAUUAUCUCUUAGUGACAAAUUAGUCUAAUAAAAGUUGAUAAAAAGCAUCGUUCUUACUGUAUUAUGUUCUAACCUAGCUAACCACAAUUUUUCUCCACAGAAAAUGUCCAUUAUAUCGAUUCACGCCCGUCAAAUUUUUGAUAGCCGGGGAAACCCAACAGUUGAGGUGGAUUUAAAAACAUCUAAAGGUAUGUUGUUAGACGAUUAGUUUAUGAACAUUGGUCUUUUUUUCAACUUGAUGCACAAAUCUUUCACAUGUACUAACGUGAUUUCACCACUGUUAUUGUACACUAAUCGUCGCAGUUGGUGAUUUUACGUUUAUCCGCCACAAUUCGCUCGUUAGAAGGGGUUUGUCAAGGUCGAUACUCAAUGGAGAAUAGAUAUCUAAUACCUUGUUACUGAUUUACCAGGUAGUUCCGCAGCGGAUUUUAAGUUCCAUUAGAAGUUAACUGUGAUAAAUCUUAUAUAUAGAUUCAAAUGUGAACGUACUCUUUUCAGGUUUAUUCCGCGCUGCCGUUCCAAGUGGGGCUUCGACAGGUGUCCAUGAGGCUCUUGAGUUACGUGAUACCAAGUCAAAGGCUUAUAUGGGGAAGGGGGUUUUAACAGCAGUCAGUAAUGUGAAUACAACUAUUGCUCCAGCUCUAAUUCAAAAAAAUAUCCCCGUAACUGAUCAAGCAGCUAUUGACAGAUUUAUGAUUGAUCUUGAUGGCACGGAAAACAAGGAAAAACUCGGGGCCAAUGCUAUAUUGGGAGUAUCUUUGGCUGUGUGCAAAGCUGGUGCAGCUGAAGCCGUGAGUUAUGUUUAAGUUGUACUCUCUAAUCAAUAUAUAGAAACUGAAUUUAUUUUAGUUUAUUUUGCACAUUAAAUAUUAGAUAUGACCUACAAACUUAAGCAAUAAGCCCAGUUAUUGAGACUUCAGUUUUGUACUCCUACUUUUUGUUUUUCAUAAAUUUUACUUGCGGUUUCUUUUGUUUCAGGGUUUACCUCUCUAUAGGUAUAUUGCGAAGUUAGCUGGGCACGAAAAUGUUAUAAUGCCUGUCCCAGCAUUCAAUGUCAUUAAUGGUGGCAGUCAUGCCGGCAACAAGCUAGCCAUGCAAGAAUUCAUGAUUCUGCCUACUGGGGCCAGCUCUUUCACUGAAGCAAUGAAGAUCGGUUCUGAGGUGUACCACAAUUUAAAAGCUGUAAUCAAACGUGAAUAUGGAUUGGAUGCGUGCAACGUUGGUGACGAGGGUGGUUUUGCACCGAAUAUACAGGAUAAUAUGAAAGGUCUUCAGCUGCUUGAAGAAGCCAUAAAAAUUGCUGGCUAUACUGGAAAAGUAGAGAUCGGUAUGGAUUGUGCGGCUUCUGAGUUUCACAAGAAUGGGAAGUAUGAUUUGGAUUUCAAGAACCCUCAUUCUGCAGAAUCUGCCUGGCUUAGUCCUGAUGCAAUGACAAAUGUGUACAAGGAAAUGAUAAGCAAAUAUCCAAUAGUGAGCAUUGAAGAUCCAGUUGAUCAGGAUGAUUGGGAAACAUGGCCUAAACUAACUGCUUCAACAAACAUUCAAAUUGUUGGAGACGAUUUGACUGUUACCAAUCCAAAGCGCAUUAAAAAGGCCAUUUCUUCAAAGGCUUGCAAUUGUCUUCUUUUGAAAGUAAACCAGAUAGGUUCAUUAACCGAGUCCAUUGAAGCUUGCAAGUUAGCACAAAACGCAGGUUGGGGUGUCAUGGUUUCACAUCGAUCUGGUGAAACGGAAGAUACUUUCAUUGCUGAUCUAGUUGUUGGCCUUUGCACUGGACAGAUAAAAGCCGGUGCACCAUGUCGUUCUGAUCGUUUGGCCAAAUACAACCAACUUUUACGUAUUGAAGAAGAGUUGGGAGCAGGAGCAAAAUAUGCCGGGAAAAACUUCCGCCAUCCUAAAGUAUAAGAAUAAUUAAUAAAAUUAACACUUCACUUGGAGAACUAAAUUGAUUUAGUUUAUUGUCUUAUUAUGUAGACUGUUGUUUAAGAAUAAAAUAUCUCAUUUCUUAUA